CACAGCACAGUUCCCUUUUGUUUACUUCUUACAAAAUUUGGCAUUUCGCGAACACCAACACUCUCUCUCUCUCUCUCUCUGCACAGAAUCUUCAGCUACGGCCAGAGCUGAGCCUGAGCCUGUUUGGACAAACAACAACGCAGAUCUGUACCCAUUAAAGGAGCUUUGAUUUGUAUUUUAAAGGGCCAGCAGAGAAAAACAAGUAGCCAUUGUCCUAGUUCUUGUAUAUAUGGUGUUGAGUAGUGCAUGCUACAGUGAAGAAUAAUCCCGGUACCAAAGGUUUGAAAGCUGUAAAAACUAAGAAUGAAACUUUGCCUUGGUUCUUGGAGUUAAAAGUCAUCGGAACGUUUUCAUCAGGGUCAUUUUUUGUCUUUACAAGUGUCAACUUCUUAAGCAUGACAUGGAGUAUGAUGAAUUACCACUGAUCCCAAAAGACAUAGAGUGCGAUGAAUUACCUAUCAUCGAUCCCAAAAGCUUAAGCUAGUAGAAUGUGAAUUUAUUAUAUAUAUCACGUUUUUUGUGUCUAACAUUCCCCACUUGUAGGUCAUUUUUUAUCUUUGCAAGUGUCUACUUCUUAAGCCUGACAUGGAGUGUGAUGAAUUACCUUGAUCCGAAAAGUUUUAAGCUAGUGUGAUGAAGCAUGUCUAUUUCAUCUAGCCUACUAUUCUGUCAUCAGGUCACCAAUUUCCUUGACCCAACUUCCUUCGACCUUCCUUCACUAGGCAAGCGUUAGGCCCCCCAUACAUGGUCUAGUACGAUAAAGUUUAAGCUAGUAGGAUAUGGGUUUGUUAUGUAUAUCUGUCUGACAUUCCUCCUCGUAUGCCAUUUUUUGUCCUUACAAAGAUUAAGCUAGUAGGAUGUGGAUGAUUUGUUAUGUAUAUCUGUCUAGCAUUCCCCCUGGUAAAGUGACGGUGGUAGGAUUUUUAAUCUAGGUUUUUAGUCAUUGAUCCCAAAAGCUUAAGUUAAUGGAAGGUGGAUUUUUUCAUUUCAUUUAUAUUUAAUGUUAGACACAAAAAACUUGAUAUUAAUUAUAAACCUACAUCUUAUUGGUUUAAGCUUUUGAAAUCGGUGAUAAUUCAUCAUGGUAUCUAAAACCAAAGAUCCGACUCAUCUAAGAGGUGCUAACUUCUUGGGUAGAAUGGAAAAAGGACAAAGUAUGAAUGGCCCUCAAGGACAAGAUAGUUUUAUUUUGCAGUCAGCUAAUCAAAGAAAAUGCUCUGCAAGUAAUAAUGACAUUGCAAUUCGUCGCCUGAAGAACCGAGAACGGCAACGCAGAUAUAGAGCUCGGAAGCGUCUUGAGGCUGAUAUAAAGAAGUCUAGCAUCUUAAAGCAGUCAACUCCACCUGUAGAACUGCAACUGAAUGGGGUUGUUAGCAAUUACACUCCCCGUGUGCAUUGUAAAAGAAAUUGGAAAAGAGAUGCUAGGAGUGCUCACAUGUUGAAAAGCCCAGAAGUGACAACUAAUGGCCAUGUUAUUUCUCGUGCAAUCUCAACCAGAGAGACUCAGACAUGCUUGUCCUCUGGAACUAAGGCAGACGAAACAUUAGAAAGGCAAUCACAGUCUGAUGUAGCUAUUCAUGGGGUCAAUUCUGAAACAAAUAAAACUCUGCCGGGUCGAAGAGAUUGGAAAGCAGAAGCAAGAAAGAAGAAAAACUGAAAGGAUGCCAAAUUAAAUACUGACUAGUGACUACUUAUAUGAAGGCAAGUUGAAUCAGUUUGGUACCAGCUUUAGGAAGAGUUCUACAUUUUCUCUGCAAGCUUUUGCUGCUGUUGCUGAUGAGAAGGGAUGAAAACAUAUAUGCAGCCAGGUUGAAAUCUGCAGUCUCUACUGUAGCUGGACAUUUGACAAAUCGACAACACUGUAAGACAGUUUUAGGCUUGGAUACUGCUUUAGUUAGAUAAGGAAGGACAGUGAUCAAAUAUUGCCAUUACAUAUGGCAAUAUAUAGGAUUGUAAAUAUGAGUCCAGAAUGAUCAUUAUCGUACGCGUCAACCUUAGAGGUUAGUGCAUGCAUAAUUGUAUUCAAUGCAGUGUUUUGCAUAACUGCAUAUCUUUUCAUCUACUCAUAGAAGAAAUUUCCAAAUUAGUUUUAAGUUUAGAUAAUGAGUUCAGAAGAAAUUCCUUGAGUUAGUGCGUGCAUGAUAGUAUUCAAUGCAGAUAACUUCGUUUGCAUCUCA